AUGGCAGCCGAGACCAUCGGCAUCGUAGCCGCCUGUGGUCAAUUUGUCGAACAAAGCGUCAAGAUCAUUCGCUUCUCAAAACAAGUCCACGACAAGUUUCAAGAUGCGCCCGCGGAAAUUGACGCCUGGCGACAGCAGAUCCAGGGUCUCGAGAAACUUGUCGCUGCUGUCGAGGCUUCACCUGCUCUCCAAGUGGAGGACUUGAAGCCGACCGUUGAACAGGCCAAGGCUGUGGGUGAUAAGCUGCUGAGGAUAUUUGAGGGGAUUGAUUUUGAGAAGAAUGAUGGCUUUGGGCAUAAAUCUUGGAGAGUUGUAGGCGGGUUUUUGAAAGAGGAUGAGAUCAGUAGUCUUUUUAAGGAGAUUGAACGAUUGAAGGCGCUGCUUGGGGAUCAAAUAGCCGUCAUCAAUAUAAAUCAAGGCCAUGACAAGUUUGCACGAGUCGAGUCCCUCAUACAGGACCUCGGCCGGUCCUUUCGCCCCGGCACAGACGAAGACCAGUGUCUUCAGGACCUGUUCAUCACGGAUCCGUUGAGUGACAGAGAUGGUAUCAUCACAGCCAAAGGACGCCGGACCCCAGGCACAUGCGAAUGGAUCCCCAUGACGGAAGAGUAUCGAUCCUGGAGUACGGACCAAUCUGGUCUCCUGUGGAUAUCUGGCCCUCCAGGCAAGGGAAAAACGUUCAUCUCCAUCUUUCUCACACAGCUCCUCCAGUCUUCAAAACCGGAUGCUACCAUUAUUUGGUUCUUUUGUGACAACAAGGUCGCGUCGCGAAACAAGGCUAUCAAUAUCCUUCGUGGUCUCAUCAUUCAACUGAUCCAGAAGCACAACCAGCUCAUCUCUCGCAUCAUGCCUACGUGGAAAAUCCAAGGCACCAACUUGUUCCGGGAUAAUUCGUUUGAAACUCUUUGGCGGGUAUUUGAGGACAUGUUGGAGGCCCUGAAGGAACACGAAAUUUGUUGCGUACUCGAUGCUCUGGACGAAUGUGAUGAAUCGUCGUUAUCACCACUCUUGUUCAAGAUCCAAAGCUUGUUCGAGCCAGACAAAAAAUCUAUUCGCCACAGCUUGAAAUUCCUCGUUACGAGUAGAGAGCAGCCCGAAUGCUUGCCCGUCACACUCUCUGCGUUCCCCCACAUCACCCUUGGUCUACUUCAACACGACAUCCAACUAUACGUCUCAGACCGAAUCUCCCACCUAGCUAAGCUAAAGGGUAUCGAAGGCUUGCCUCUUUGCCAGUACAUCGAAUAUGCCUUUCGGAAACGUGCAGGAGGAACAUUUCUCUGGGUCGCCUUCAUGGCGCGCGAUCUGGAGCACAAGACCGUGAAGGAGAUCGAACGUGCGCUCACGCAACUCCCCCGCGAUCUCCCUGAAGUGUACGAACAAAUUCUGUCCAAGAUAAAUCCAGAGAGCAAGACAGAAGUGGGCAAAAUGUUGACUUGGCUGCUGUUUACAUCACGUCCAUUGACAGUUGUCGAACUUUGUGAUGCGGUACAGAUAGAGCCUACUCCGUAUCUAACCAAGGAACAAGUCUGUCUGGACUAUAUCCAAUCUUGCGGACAUCUACUUCAGGUGUCGUCUGGUAGGCCUCCAAAUGGUAUGGACUAUCGAGUCAACCGGCUUCCACCUCUUAUCCCGGUAACCACCAAAAUGACGGAGCUAAACUCGGAGGAAUCGGGCACUUCUCUGUACGUUAGUUUUGUGCACCAGAGCGCCAAGGACUUUCUCAGGAGCCAUUCCUCUGGACUCGCAGCCCUGAAUGGUCCCAUGGACCCGAAGAAGACACACGCCGACAUCACUAAUCGCUUGGUGUCUCUCCUGGAGGCGAACCGCCCCUCCAGCCAGCUGUUCGAGGCCGCCAAGGACUUGCCGCUCUUGCCCUACGCGGUUUUCAACUGGAAUUACCACAUGCGAGAGAUGGGCACUGACUUUGUGACCGUUCUUGACGAGCACAAGGACUUCUUUCGCAGAGCUUCAGAGGCGAGGGACAGGUGGUGGGCGUGGUACCACUUUGAGUAUCCUGGCCAAGAUCCUCCCAGAGAUGUUCCUCUCCUUCACAUGGCUUGCAUCACGGCCCUUUACCACCUACUCGAGUAUGCUCUUCUGAAGAGGAAUACGCUACUGGGGCUGCUUCGAGCACGAGAGGUGAAUCGAGUAUGGGGCCACGACCAAGAAACACCACUCCAUCUCAUGGUGAAACAAGGACAGGAUAAAGUGGUCCAACUGCUGAUGAAGUACGGAGCAGAUGCGUCCAUCAAGAAUGUUCGCGGCAAGACGGCUCUUGAUAGUGCCGCGUUCCUUGGGCCGUACGCCGUGUUUCUUCUUCUGGCAGCGUCGAGAACAUGUCGAGAAAUUCUCGAGGCAGAUGCCAAAUCCUCGAUUUCUCAUCGUGGCCGGGAAACUCUUCUUCAUACAGCUGCUAGAGGAGGGCAUCAGGAUAUUUGUCGAGAACUGGUAGAAAAGUGGCACUAUGACGUCGAGGCCAAGGAUAAGGAUGGCUUCACGCCCUUGCUGGUGGCCGUUCGAUGCCAGCAUCUGAGUCUGGCCAGUUUUCUCGUCAGGAACCUCGGAGCCAAGACAACACCACGCAUCAAAAUCCUCGAAUCUGCUUUCUAUCUGCGAGAGAGGUCCAGGAUCAAUGAAGCUCUGGAGUCUCUUUCCUCCAACCUAGGUGUCGACAUUAACGCAGCGGAUGAGGAUGGCAACACCCUUUUCCACCGAUUAUAUUCUCCUGCAUUUAUUAUGCUGCAAGAGUGCGUUGCUGCAGGAUUACGCUUUGACAAACGCAAUCAAGAAGGAGAGACGGUUCUUCAUCGCAACUUUUGGCUGUCAGCGACUCACGAGCGCUUGCAUCUGGUGUUAAAGGAGUCACAUCUCGACAUCAAUGCUCGAGAUAUCCACGGCCGCACACCGCUCCAUGCCUUGGUUACUGCCGCUGCACAACCCGACCAAGCCCCCUGGAGUUUGGACCUCAGAAAUUUGGUUGCGCUGCUUGAUUUUGGCGCCGAUCGAAGCCUGAUGGAUGCCCACGGGAGGACACCAUCUGAGCUUGCUGCCGAGUACCUCAAACAAGGGUCGGAUGAGAUCUAUAUAGACGAGGAAGGGAUUGACUCCUCUGAUGAGAUUGACGAGGUGCCAUGCACCAUGUCGAUGAUUCUCGAGAUAUUGUCGAGGUACGCGACUGCUCCUCUGAAUGUGCGGGUGGCAGAUGGAUUAAGCGAGAAUAUGGGAAAUGGGGAUCAACCUGCUGCGACGUGA